UAUUAUUAUAACGGUUUAUUCUUCGACAUAUCGGAGUUAGCUCCGCAGUUAUUAAAAUUUAUUUCGAUAUUUUCAAUCAUUGUAUGGAAUUUUCUUAUAUUAUUAAUUUAUCAAUUAAGUAUUCAGCAAUAAUAAAUCAUUUAUCAUGAAGAGAUCAUGUUCCGCCCCAUGUCUUGUAGAAGAAGAAAAAAUAAAAAAAAUGAAAAUUGAUAAUCAAAGUUCAAAAGCACAAGAACCAAAUGCACGAGAAUAUUUACAAUUGGCGUUGAAUAGAAUUAUUGAAAUGCAGCGGAGUGUAAAUAACGAAGAUUUCGAUGACAAUACCAGUGAAUUAGGCGACGACGAUACUGAUGAAAACGUAAUGCGUGAAGUGUUAACCAAAGUAUUCAAAGAUCUACCUGGAUCCUCAAAAUCUGUAGCAUCAAUAAUAGAACGCGCAACAAAGCCUCUUCCAGCUGAAUAUAACCGCGUGAGAGCGAAGAGUAUACAAUUAUCUGGUUACGACACUUGCAGAAGAGUGGCCGUCGAUUUUAUGCAAAAUAUCGUCAAACACACCCCCAAGUACAGCAUUACCGAAAACAAUGUUAUUAUCAACGACUUCAGCCGACAAAAUGGCGGCAGGAGAUGCGAAACGCUGACAAAUGAGUACGAGUUGCGUAAUCGCAUGCUGACGGGACUGGACCUCCAUCUUGCGGUAAAACAACGCGACUACACUAUGAGGUUAAUGAGGUUUUAAUCAUUCUUAAUUUUUAUAUUUUAUACUUAGUUUUAUAUUUUAUAUUUUAUACUUAGUUUAUAAAUUAUCAAUUUAUUUCAAUCAACUGAAUUUGUAAACGAUCUAGUCGUUAUUUUAUAUUCAAUUUCUAGUCACAUGAAGAAUAUUUUUUUUUCUAGUCCUUUGUA